GUUAGAAGCAAAGUGCAUAUAUGCUUUUUGACAACAAAACACAGCAUUGCCGUAUGCUCGACACUAGCUUCGAUAGCAGUGUGUUGGUGUGUGUUUUGAAACAAAGUCAUUGAACAAGACAGUCUUUUCGUGUUUUUCAUAUUGAAGUCAAAUUUCACUCUCUGAUUUUGUUUAUUUCGAGUUUCUUUUUCGAUCAAUUUGUCUUCGAUUCACAUGGAUUAAGCAGAAAAUUUGUGAAUUAUUCCAAAGAUGUCGUCGGUUCAACGAGCAUUUGCACAAAAAUUAUCCAAGCAUCAUGCGAGCGAUGUUAGGAAAAAUGUGGCCAAUUUUCACAUGAAUGCAAAAAGUGAAAGCUGCAGUUCGGCUGGAUCGUCGUCGGUGUCAUUGACUGAGCUGGUCGAACCAAUCGAUUAUGAGGAGUUUCUACAGCAGCAUUCAAACUUUAUCAGUCGCGAUCCACUGCGUCAUAUUUUGGAUUUUCCACCAUGUGACGUACAAAUGAAGCGAAUCGAGCGAAAAAUUCGCACAACCGAACCUAUUGUUCCCAAAGAAAAUAUAAAAUCCCUUCCGAUGCACAUUCGUGAAUGUGUCGAUUGUUACACUCGGCCAUGGAAAGUGGUUGAAUAUGCACAACGUAAUUUUUCAAGUUCGUGCUUGCUUCGUGAGCCUCGUAUCAGUUUUGACAAAGGUGCUAUGACACCGAGCGUUACCCAACAGGAGUUUGAAAUCGAUCGUGAGUAUUAUUCGUUGGACGAGACAUUGACGUAUAAAAGCGAAAGUUGUACGCCGAGCAGUCGCCAGUCUAUUUCGAGCUUAUCGUCCAUAUCGUCGUGUACCGAUACACUGACGCCGCGUGGAUCGUGGGCUAGUUUUGAUUUGCGGAGUUCAGUGAAUGAUCCAUUGAUUCAUGGUCUCUUGGAUCGCACGCCAGCCGAAACGAUUGACCAAAACAAUGAGAAACGCCGUUUGGAAGAUCGACAAGAGUCAAUUUUUACGUUGUACCAAGACGUUGAUGAUGAUGUUGUGGAGAAGAGAUUACCUGCGGAAAUGCCGUUCGAACACAUGGGGCAUCGUUUUCUAGUUAAAUGCUUGCAGCUCAAAUUGGAAUUGGAAGUGGAGCCAAUUUUUGCCUCAAUGGCCAUUUAUGAUGCAAAAGAACGAAAGAAAAUUUCCGAAAAUUUCUAUUUUGACAUGAACUCGGAGAACAUUAAGCGAAUGCUGACAUCACAUGUACCAUACACUGACAUCAGCACACAAAGCCGAACGGCCGUUUUUGAAGUCACAAAUCCGAGCAAUGAUUUAUUUUUGGUGAUUCGCUUGGAGAAGGUACUUCAAGGUGAUAUCAAGGAUUCGGUUGAGCCUUACAUCAAAGAUGACAAAGAAAAGUAUCGCGAUAAAGCCAAAUCAAAUGCAGCCGAUUAUUGUGAACGUCUUGGAAAGUAUCGCAUGCCAUUUGCCUGGACCGGCAUUUAUUUGACCAAUAUUUUCAACGGUGAUGGCGUUGAAACGUCCAAAGAUGAACGGGAACGAGACACAAUGGGAUCGGCCAACAGUUCAAAUAGUUUGGACCGGAAAUUGUCCACAAGUAGUUUCGAUCAAUUACGUCGCAAAGCAACUGAUAUGGGCACAUUGACGCGUCGUGGUUCACUGGAACGUAAAUCGGAAAAACGACGUUCAUGGUCACCAGAUGACUUUGCCAAUAAUAUUGAAAACUUCCGACCGAUUACGAUUACUGUGUCGAGCUUCUUUAAACAGGAGUCGGAGAAAAUGAAAGAUGAAGAUCUAUUUAAAUUUCUACCGGAGUUAAAACGACCAGCAUCAGUGAUGAAGAAAUACAAAUACAUUCCCGGUUCUAUCAAGCUAGAAAUCAGCCCAUGCCCUGAAAAUGUUUCGAAUUGCCUAACACCUGAACUGGCCAAAAUUGAUCCAUAUUUGGAUGAAAAAGCACGUCCCAUCAAAGAAAUUCUUGAAUUCCCCUCGUUGCCCAUCUUCAAUCCGCAUUACGUUUAUCGUAACCUUCUCUUUGUCAGCCCCAAAGAAUUGAACUUUUCCGCUCGUGCAGGUUCUGCACGUAAUAUCGCCAUUCAAGUCCAGCUGAUGAGCGGCGAAAACGCAAGCGAUGCGUUGAAAUUAAUUUUUGCCAAGAGUUCGUCGCCAGAAUUUGCAUCAGAGGCCUUUUCUUCGGUGAAUUAUCACAAUAAGUGCCCGAAUUUUUAUGACGAAAUUAAAGUUGCACUACCAGCUGACCUACAGCAAAAUCAUCAUUUGCUAUUCACGCUGUACCAUGUUUCCUGCCAGAAGAAACCACAGGAGGUUCAAACUUCAGUUGAGUCACCAGUUGGAUACACGUGGCUACCAAUUUUGAACGAUGGUAAAUUAAAUGUCGGUGAAUUUAUGUUGCCUGUUAUGGUUGAACAGCCACCAGAGAAUUAUUCGUACAUUCCGCCUGAUGUACAACUACCCGGAACAAAAUGGCUCGACAAUCAUCGACCCGUUUUCACAGUAACGAUUGAUGCAGUCACUUCAGUUCACACACUCAACCCGUUCCUUAAUCGAUUCAUAAAUUUGUGCGAGUAUUUGGAGAGCCGCAAAAUUCCGCCUCGCAUCGGUGAAUCGAAUAUCGAACGCGAAAUGAAGAAAGCAUUGCUUGAAAUUCAACAAUCCGAAUUGGAGCCUUUAGUCAAGAAUCUUGUGGUGAUUCUUGACAAAUUGGUCGAGCUAUUGGUGACGAUGUAUAAGAUAGGCAAUCAGUGCCUUGGCCUUGGACCCAUUGUUUUCGAAACACUUUGCUUGGUUUCGAAUAAAUUGGCGAUCUUGCAAGAGGAUGUAACAUUGGAUCAACCAGGACGACAGAGUUUGUUGAGUACAUAUGUGCAAUUCCAUUGCAAAAUACCGCAUCCAUUGACCGCCAAUAAAUCCGGACUGAUCGCCAGUCGAAGUGGCGAUGAGUUGGAGCGAACGAAUAGUACUUCCGAUAUAAAUUACAUGCCAGAAUCGAGUGGAGGAAGCUUAGAUCGUUUGCGUUCAUCUGAAUAUCAUGAUAGUUCGAUAUUCACACCGCAAGUUCGUCUGUUGCAUGAAGAGAUUGCCCUGCAUUGGGUCGUUUCAAGUGGCAAUGCUUCCGAAAUGUCGAUGACCAACUCAUGGUUCCUUUUUGAGCUGAUAAUCAAAAGCAUGAUUGAACACCUGGAUGCAACCCAGGCAUUGAAUUCGCCACGGAAAAACCGAUUCCCACAUCAGUUCACCGAUGAUCUUUCCACUUUGGUGCAUUUGGUAGCGACAAAAGUUGUUGGAUUCCAUAAUACGGACAUUAAAUUGGCACAAUCACUAAACGGUAGCUUGGCCUUCUUCGUUUUCGAUUUGCUGAGCGUUAUGGAUCGCGGUUUUGUAUUUGGGCUCAUCAAAGUCUACUACAAAGUUAUCAUCUCGAAAAGCAUCACCACACUCGAUCUUAUUCAUUACAAAUUGGAUUUUUUGCGUAUUGUGUGCAGCCACGAGCAUUUUGUAGCUUUGAAUUUGCCGUUUGCCACACCUUACACAUUGAUUUCAGCACCAUGUAGCCCAACACCCAGCACAGCAUCGAACAACAGCCAGAAUUCGUAUAUGAGCACUGUGGCAAGCAUCGACAAGGCAUUAUAUGCUGAUUUAAAUCCAGAAUUCCGCCAGCAACACUUCCUUGUCGGCCUCGUUUUGAGCGAAUUGGCUACCGUUUUGGAUAUUCCAAAUCCAUCACUUCACGGAAAGGCCAUUCGAUGUGUUCGCAACUUGAUGACCACACACGAUUCCGAUUCGCGUUACUCCGACUCCGAGACUCGAGCUCGCGUUGCUGUUUUGUACUUACCGCUGUUGGGCAUUGUUAUGGAUACCAUCCCGCAAUUGUAUUCGUACUUGCAGGAUUCACACGAUAGUUUGAGUCACAUCGGAUUUUUGGAGGAUUAUCAAGGACCUCAAAGUACUGUAGGAACGACAACAAUCAGUUCAGAGGUGGCCUAUGCGAUUUCAGGCAGUCGUUUAUAUUCAUUUUCUCCCGAACCAACGAAAAAUAAAUCAUCUUUGAGCUCAGAAAAUACACGUCAUCUCCUUUCCUGUUUCGCGUGGAUUUUGAAGAAUUUGGACAAAGGCGUUUUGCAUAAAUGGAUUUUAUCUCAGACACCGCAUCGUGUGCACCAAAUGCUGCAGGUGUUGAAUGUUUGCAUUCCAAGUUUCGAAUACAAAGGACAGAAGCGUCAUCCGGUGAAACGACAGAAUACCCAAAGUUUCCGUAAGACAUCCGAUAUGAAAGAGAGGCUGGAAGAAUGUAUUCGCGGCACUGGUUCAGCACGAAGUGACUUCAUCAAUCGUCGCAAAGAUCGAUCAAGCAGCGAAAAGCUUCGUUGGCGCAAAGAUCAAAUGCCUUACAGAAGUCAAUUCUACGAUAAUCCGACGAAAGGUGACGGCGACUCAGAGAUUAAUUAUUAUAUUGAGGGUUCGUUAGCAACCGAAAUGUCAUUGAUCAUUUUGGAUACACUCGAAAUCAUCGUUCAAGUGGCCGCACAAUCUGAAAUUCAUCAUGGUCUACUUGGAACAGUUGUGCGCGUUUUGUUACAUGGUUUGGCUCGCAACCAGAGCACGUUGGCAUUGCAAAACCUGUUUGCAACGCAACGAGCAUUGAUCUUCAAAUACCAUAAUUUCCUGUUUGACGAAGAGUCAGACACUUGUGCCGAUUUGUGUUUGCUUCUUUUGAAGCACUGUGGCUCUCAACUACCGUUAAUAAGAUCACAAGCGGCCGCUUCACUCUACUUGCUGAUGCGGCAAAACUUCGAAAUCGGAAAUAAUUUUGCUCGUGUGAAAAUGCAAGUGACAAUGUCGCUCAGUUCAUUGGUUGGAACGAGUUCAACAUUUAGUGAACAAUCGCUUCGUCGAGCAUUGAAAACGAUUUUAGUGUACGCUGAAUCAGAUGAAGAGCUACAGGAGACUUCAUUCCCAGAACAAGUUCAAGAUUUGCUAUUCAAUUUGCAUAUGAUCUUAUCGGAUACUGUCAAGAUGAAGGAGUACCAAGAAGAUCCAGAGAUGUUACUCGAUUUGAUGCAUCGCAUUGCCAAAGGUUACCAGAAUAAUCCAGAUUUGCGGUUGACAUGGUUGGAAAAUAUGGCCAAGAAACAUGUCGAACGCACGAACCACACAGAAGCAGCCAUGUGCUACGUCCAUUGUGCAGCACUGGUCGCAGAGUAUUUGAGUAUGCUAGAGUCACAAACGCACUUGCCCGUUGGCGCAGUGUCUUUUCAACACAUCACACCUAAUUCAUUGAUGGAAUCAGCUGUUUCGGAUGACGUUUUGAGCCCAGGAGAUGAUGGUAUAUGCUUAGGCAACCAUUUCACUGAAAUUGGCCUAAAGGCUUUGCUAGAAGAAGCGGCCAAUUCAUUCCAGAUCGCUGGAAUGUAUGAAGCCAUGAACGAUGUUUACAAGGUAUUAACUCCGAUUUGCGAGGCCAAUCGAGACUUCCAAAAAUUGGCCAAAAUCCACGGCAAACUGCAAGAAGCAUUCAAUCGGAUCGCACAAUUGCAUGGGAAACGAGUCUUUGGCACAUAUUUCCGUGUCGGAUUUUAUGGAUCGAAAUUCGGCGACUUGGAUCAACAGGAAUUUAUCUACAAAGAACCGACUCUAACAAAAUUACCUGAGAUUUUCAGUCGUUUGCAGAACUUCUAUGGGGAUCGUUUCGGUGUUGAAAAUAUUCACAUAAUCAAGGAUUCAAAUACGGUGGAUGUGACAACGCUUGACCCAGAAAAGGCAUACAUUCAAAUCACUUAUGUGGAACCAUAUUUCGAAGUAUACGAGCUACGCCAUCGUGAAACUUACUUUGAGCGCAAUUUCAAUAUCAAGCGCUUUAUCUUCUCCACACCAUUUACGAAAAGUGGCAAAGCUCACGGCGAACUGCAUGAGCAAUGUAAGCGGAAAACCAUCCUCACUACAGCAACUCACUUUCCAUACGUGAAGACUCGAAUCCAAGUCAUUGCUCGAUCCCAGAAAGUGCUGGAACCAAUUGAGGUGGCAAUCGAAGAUAUUCAGAAGAAAACCGUCGAACUUGCAGCAGCCACCAAUCAAGAACCAUCCGAUCCGAAAAUUCUGCAGAUGGUACUGCAAGGAUGCAUCGGCACGACCGUAAAUCAAGGUCCAAUGGAAAUGGCGUUGGUAUUUUUGUCCGGUCUAGCUGAUGGCACAACCAUUCCGACAAAACAUCAAAAUAAGCUGCGAUUGUGUUUCAAAGAUUUCUCCAAAAAAUGCCUUGACGCAUUGAAAAAGAACAAAAAUCUCAUUUCGGCCGAUCAAAAAGAUUAUCAAAAGGAAUUGGAAAGGAACUAUGCACGAUUUACCGAACGUUUGGCACCAUUGAUCACUAUUUCACCGACACAGACAAUGGGAGUGGUUAGCUCGAAUGGUUUCAGCAACAAUAACAAAUUCACGCCGCUACCGUGGUAAAUAGAGCUCAAUGACAUCAAUAAGAAUGGACCAAAAAAGGAGAAAGCAAUCAGCAAAAUAUUCGAAAUAGAAUUCAUGUUGUGCGAUCAUUCAAUCGACUUAAUUCGCCCAUGACAUUGCCAACGCGAGUGUGUUAUAAUAGAUUCAUUUAGCACGUUUAAAUGAGUAAUAUUAUUGACCGGAUUUGAGUUGAAGAAAAAAAAGAAGAUGUUUUCAAGAGGUCUCUCAACGCCAAACGAACAAAAACAAAACAACCCAUUAUAAUCCACGAUACGAUUUUUAUCCGAUCCAUUUUAUCUUUUAUCGACAUUGACCAAAUAUUAUAGCGUAUUAUAUGGCGAUAAUUCUGCCGGUCCAAAAACUCUCUGACGAGAGCUUAUACGGUCCUGCAUCCAAGAGCAACGUUUUUUUUAUAAUUAGAAUAAGCAAUAAAUUAUAUGCAUCCGUGCGAUAUAUCCAUACCAAUAAAAAAUGUAAGGAGAUAGCCAACAGCGUCUAACACUACUAGCUAUCAAAAAAACCGCCAAGAGGGCGCCAACAGUUGGAAUGUUCAUAAGAAAGCGCGCUCUCUACGGCAAAUUUGGCCAUUUUCCAACAAAAAGUGUGCAGUGCUAUACGCUGUUGGAGAUAACAAUUAGUUGAACGAGUUUCAUUUUUCGAGCAUCAUUCAUUAAAAGGCUUGUAUUGUAAUUUUUUUUUUGGAUGAAUAUUCAAAUCUUGGAAGAUUUGCCGGAAUGACUUCGGGUAGAGCGAUUUCAAUUGUAGAUUUUAUGUAGUUUAAUGGUUGGUGUUUUUACUUUUUUUUAUGUAGGAACAAUUUUUUUGAGCAAUCGGCUGUCGAAAAACUGCUAUAAAAUGGAACAACUCAAAUCUUGGUCAAAAAACGUAUUUUCCACAAAUCGAAUUUUUUUUCGAAUGAAGAAUGGUUCCAAAAAAUUGUAGAAAAAAUGUAGAAUUCAUUUGCGAAUUUAGUGAACAUUUUGACACGCAAAAAAUACAAUUGAACGUGUACGUAUCGUAUCAUGUUAUUGAAAUAUUUCACCUAAAACCGCCCUUGAACAAGUUUUCGCGUUCAUACGCAAUUGCCCGAAAUUGAAACAUUUUAUGAUUCUACGCUUGCUAAAUGAGAGUGCACUCGAUUUGAUUUCACUCAACAAAGAACGAAAUAAAUUGACUGGAGCUUGCAAAACCACAAUAUAUGUUGAUGGGAAGGUAUUCAUUGCGACGAAAUGGGCCACAGCAAAAACGAACUAUGAAUUCAUUGAACUCAAACGGCACCAAGUUCUUGACUGGGCUGAAAUUACAUUGUGGAUGAAUGAAAUCAUAUACUUCAACAUUUGUGGCGCACUCAGUCCGUGGAAUAUGUAGUAUGAGCUAACUGGGUGAAACGAAAAACGUCCUGAAAAACCCAAAAAUCGACCUAUAAAUUACGAAAAUUAUCCUAAAGAAAUACAAAAAUCGUCCUGAAGAAAUAGAAUGCAGAACAUUAAUAAUUAUUAUAUCAUCCUUGUAAGUUAUAAAUUGCUGGUUCAAAUGCAUACUCUCUGCUGAAUGUGUAUACGGUUCAUCUUGUAUCCAAGGGCAAUGUUAUUUAGAAUGAGCAAUAAAUUAUUAUAUGUAUCCGUACAAA